AUGCGACCACGGCACGAUCGCGCGGGGCCGUCGGGCGUUGACAGCCCGACAACGACGUCCCGCUCCGCCACGCCCACCACCAAGAAGCACCACCAUCCGUUCGGCGGGCUGCUGCGCCGCGAACUGCACUUGCACAACUUUUUCUCGCGCUCCCGACCCUCACGUCAUUUCAGCCCACCCGUGAACCCCUCCGAGCCCAACACCAGCCAGUCCUACAAGCAGUCGCCGACGUUGCAGCGCGGGGAUCGGCAUGGGAUGACGGGCAGCUCGGGACGACUGCCGUCCAGCUCCAGUUCGGGCGGGUUUCAUCAGCAUCUGCUGGGCGUCGGAAGUGGAGGUCCGCACGCGAGACGGGAGUCGUUCUUGUACAAGCUGAACGAUGAGCGCGACUUUCAACCGACCUCAGCUGGUGGCUGUAGGCCGGUCUCCAGAGCCAGCUCGGUCGCUUCGCAGGACCCACAGUAAGUUGGGGGGUGUGAUGAUAAAAAAAUGGGGGUAAAAGGGAGGAGAUGAUGGGUUAAAUAAGGCUGGGCAUUGUUUAGAAAAUACAUACAAGGUAUGUAGAGCUCUCUACAAGGCAAUAGGGCCAAUGUAUUUGCCACCAAAAGGAGUUACAUGUUGUCAAAGGUAAAAAUUACUAAAAAAUCAGAUUUCUCUGCUUUUUAGGCCACUUUUACCAAGAAUACAACUAAAAAUGCCGCACGUCAAACUGACAAGGGAAGUACUUGAAGUGCGACGCUCAGAUUUUGAUAAAAAUUGGCAUAGAUGGAGAUUGGAAUUUUCUUAUUCGAUUACGAGCAUCCUAGCUCGCGCUUUGCAGAAACCGCCGAGAAAGAAGGGCCGGAAUAUCGAAAAAAAUCUUCAAAUGCCGACGAAUUUCCCUGCAAAUUCUCUUGAUCUUGGCAUUCCGUUCCUGGAGAAAAAUAUUUUUUGUCGCAAGAAAUUUUUUCUUGAUAAUGUUCAAGACUGUUUUGUUGCUUUUAUGUGGAUUAUGAUGUGUUAUUUUCACUUUUUUAUACUCAGGACAUGAUUCUAGCGCUAUUAAUUGGAUUGUUGCCAUCCGAAGGGUAAAAUGUUUCGUUUUUUUGACGAAUUUAUGCAGCUUUUCCUCUGCGGAUGGGCAAACCACUCUAAUAGUUGCUUCAAAGUUGUUUUGGAGAGAUGGAAAGCGCUCUGCUUUGUGCGUGAACGUUAUCAUAAAGUAAGUCUUCAAAAAAUUUAUUUUUUCACUAUUAUUCAGUUUAUUCCAUUUCAGCAAACAAAGUAAGGGUCCCAAAGGUGUUCCGCCAUUGUACUCAAUGUUCCGAUGGUGCACAAUCGCUGUUCUCGUUGUUCUGAAUUUGCUUGCUGAAAUAAAAAAUAAAAUUUUUGGGAAACUUACUUUAUGAUUCGUUCAUACACGAAGUAGAACGUUUUGCCUCUCUCCUAAUCAACUUUGAAGCAACUAUUAGAGUGGUUUGCCCAUCCGCAGAGGAAAAGCUGCAUAAAUUCGUCAAAAAAAACGAAACAUUUUACCCUUCGGAUGGCAACAAUCCAAUUAAUAGCGCUAGAAUCAUGUCCUGAGUAUAAAAAAGUGAAAAUAACACAUCAUAAUCCACAUAAAAGCAACAAAACAGUCUUGAACAUUAUCAAGAAAAAAUUUCUUGCGACAAAAAAUAUUUUUCUCCAGGAACGGAAUGCCAAGAUCAAGAGAAUUUGCAGGGAAAUUCGUCGGCAUUUGAAGAUUUUUUUCGAUAUUCCGGCCCUUCUUUCUCGGCGUUUUCUGCAAAGCGCGAGCUAGGAUGCUCGUAAUCGAAUAAGAAAAUUCCAAUCUCCAUCUAUGCCAAUUUUUAUCAAAAUCUGAGUGUCGCACUUCAAGUACUUCCCUUGUGAGAUGAGCUAAAACAGUCCGGUGAAUGGAUUGGUAAUUUGCCAAAAAAAGAAGCGAAAAAACGUUUUGUCGGGGAAGAAAUGGGGAAUUUUUGGGGCGAGAGAGCACGUUUUUGCGUGUCUUUUUUCUCUCUUUCUCUGCGAAAUCAAGACGAAGUGUAAAAAACCGAUAGCGAAGGGUCUAUUCCGGUCACCGGACUCCUCAGUUUGACGUGUGCCGCUGCUAGUAUAUUUCGAAGGAUGAAAAUUCAUCUAGCAUCUACUUUCAUUAUUUUACGGCCCUUUAUUAUCCAAAUUUCAAAAAAAUUUAUUUUUCCUCAAAUUUCGACCCAAAAAUCCAAUCCAAAGUUCGCUCCAGUUGAACUCAAUUUCCCUCCAAAGUUUAAUCACCCAACCCCAACCCAUCCUGUGCGCCAUAGAUCCGCCCGGAUUCGGAUGACGCAAGUCGGCGGCAAUCCUCAACUUUUUCGGAGUAAGUUCCCGUUUAAAACCCAACCGAUGGGCCGCCGAAUCGCCGAAUAUUUAAUUAAGCGCGAAGAGGGAAAUCUUUUCAAGAAUUUCGCUUUCGAAAACCUUCUCCGCCGCAUUUAUUGGGGUUUGCAGGACGCGAGAGCCCCAAGAAUGGAGACGAGCCGGCUUCGCGAACGUUUACGAGGAGGGCCGAAGUGUCGAAGAUAAAACGCAAAAUAAAGAGGGGCCGGAUUCGUGGGGGGUGCCCGGGAAACGCGCGCCUCUCCUUGGCGGCCCCCGGGUAACAGUUUAAUUUCACUGUUUGCCUUCAUGCCAAGCGCUGCGCCUCCCGAUGUCAUCACAAGGGUUUUGAGCCCAGAUUUCGGGUCGGCUUCGGGGGUUUGGAGGGUGGAAAUUUUUUUGGAUUUUUUGUGGGUUAAUGGAAAGUUUUGGAUGAAAAAGAUGGAUUUUUGAGAUUUUACAAGUAUGUAGGCCUUUCAGAUUAAAGUAGUUGGUAGUACAAAGGUAUUCUAUCCUAUUAAAGGACUUUAAAUCAGGGUUUUUGGCCUUAAACUGGAAAAUUUUUAGAUUUCUGGGCCUGUUCUACAGAUUUUUGAUGAUUUUUCAUGAGUUUUGUAAAUUCAAGGCCUUCUAUCUUUCGGAUACUGACAAAUUCUAUAUCUCCCACAAUUUUCACACCAUUGUCGAUCUUUGAAAAUUGAAUUAUUGGCAGUUAUCGGCCUUAACUAUCAGUAAUCGAAUUUUUUUAAUGACAAACUGGCGGUUUUUUCUGAUUUCUUCAAUUUUGCUUCAAUUUCUUCAAAAUUUAUAACCCUAGACCCCUCAGGAUCUCACAGCAAUAUGUUUCAUACUGUCUCGCAAUACAAACAGCGAUUAGAUUUCAAAACGUUUUUUGGCAUUUCUCUCAAUUCCCCUCCUUUUAGGGAGAUUUUUGAAGAUUUAUCAGAUUUACGGCUUGUUUCCCGGGAUUGACAGCUUAUUUCUCUCGUUUACAACCAGUUCACGGGACGUUUCGUGCGUUAGUUUCGUUUGCAAGGCAUUUUGAGGGUUUUUGAAAAACUAAAAUUUUUCAUUUUUUUCAAAGUUUCUCAAUUUUUUGGGGAAAAAAAUGAUUAAAAAUGCAAGAGAAGUAUCCCAUGUGCAACGCUCAAAUUUUCUUCAAAUUUUUCACACAUAUCGGGGAUAGACUAAAUAUCAAUUCCUGAAAGUUUUAGCUCACGCUUUGCAAACGUCACCGAGAUAUUGAACGAUCUUUGCCGCCGAGAGAGUUCGCUAAAUGCGGAGUGCGGUCAGAGAGAAAAGCGUUUUUUGGCCAUAACUUUGCUAGUUUCGUGCGGAAAAAAUUGAUUUUUUGUGGAAACAUUACGCUUUACGGUAGAAAAAGGUGUGCAAUUUUUCGUGCCGAAAUUCGGCAAAAAGACUGAAAUUUUCGCCGAUUUUCGAUCUAAAAAUCUUGGUAUUUUUUGCAAAGCGCAAGCUAGAAUUCAAUAUAUAUUUUUAGAGAGAAUUAUUCUAAAUUUGUGCCAAGUUUCAGCAAAAUCUGAGCGUCGCACUUGGGGUACUUCCCCUGUAAAUAAAAUAAAUAAAAUUCAAAAAAAAUUUUUUUCUCCGUCUUCUCAUGGGGUUAUGGCGGUUCUGCAGCAAGAACAAAAUUCAAUAAUUAAAAAAUUUUUAUGGGAUUUUUUCCAAACCCAUUUGACCGGAGGAUCCCACGUCACUCGGAGCUGUGGCUUCUCGGAAAAGUUUUGUUCCCCGCAGAAAACAUCCCGGUUUUUGUUCAUCUUAUAGGUUGGGUUCAGAAAUCAGCAGUUUUUUAUUUCCCUUCAUUACUAUGGAAGUAAUUUUUUGUUACAAAUAAUGAGUGUUUUUACGUUUUUUUGUUACAAAUUUUCACUUUUUGCUACUUUAUGCCGACUUCUAGGAGAAGACCAUAUUUUAAGAGGUAAAAUGGGGAGGUUAAUUUGCGGAUAGGCUAAAAUACGAGCUUGAAAAGGGUAAAAUACGAGCGUUGACUUUUCCUCUUUUUUUUGAAAAGUUAUAAAAUACGAUAUUUGUCCUUCAAAACUCUAAAAAAUAUAUUCUAUUAAGUUUUGGGAUUUUUACGAGAAAUAAGUCCUUUCAGCCCUCUUAAAAACCUCUAUAACUAAUCAAAAACAGUGUUUUACAAUGUAUAUAAAAGUGGUCACAGAAGUUCUCGGAGUUUAUUUUCCCUGUUGCGUCGAAUUCCAGUGCAAAAAUGGGACGUUUAUUUUGGAAAAUCUGUGCCAAAAAAGCUGAAAAUUUUAAAAUUGUUAGAAAAAACCACUGCAGAUUUUGAAAAAUCGCUGCAGGACGAAAAUUAAAGUGUCCAGUGAUUUUUCAAAAUCAAUGUCAACACAUUUUUGUACUGGAAUUUGAGCAAAAAUGAAAGUUGCGGACUUCUGUGACCAUCUUUAUAUGUAUUUUUGUCCUUAACCAACUUUUUGCUGAAGAAAAAUUUUUAGGUCAAGAUUUUCUUUUUUUAAGCGAGAUUUUUAGGUUAUAAUUGUGCCAAAAUUUGAGAUUCAGGCUUUUUCCCAGGGUGAAAAUUACUCUUUUGUCGUAGCACUAGACGAUUUUUUUCGACGCCAAAUUGACAGAGAGUUGGCAAAAACCUUUUCUCUCUGGUAGCUCUCCGCGUUUCGCGCGGUCUCUCGUUUUAAAAAGGUUGUUGAAUAUCUCAGCUGCCGUUGCAACGGGAAAGCUGAAAUUUUCAGGAAUUGAUAUGUAUUCUAGGCUCAGCUUAUGGGAAAUUUUUUUUGAAAGUUGGGGGUUGUUGUUUGGAUACUCGGAUUUUGAAAAUUUUUUAAAAUAAUUGAAUUCAAAAUUUGAGAUUCGGGCUUUUUCCCAGGGUGAAAAAUACUCUUUUGUUUGAGCACUAGACGAUUUUUUCGACGCCAAAUUGACAGAGACUUGGCGAAAAAACGGUCUCUCUCUCUGACCGCCCUCCGCAUUUCGCGAAGUCUCUCGUCUUAAAAAGGUGGUUGAAUCUCUCAGCUGUUGCUGUAACGGGAAAGCCGAAAUUUUCAGGAAUUGAUAUGUAUUCUAGGCUCAAUUUAUGGGGAAAGUUUUUUUUUAAUCUGAGAGCUCUUCUCUGAAUACUGUGAUUUUGAAUUUUUUGGAAAUUAUAAAAAAAUUAAAAUCAAAAAAUUUUUUUUUUGUUUUUUUUUUAUUUUUAUUGAAAAACAAAUCUAUUCCUUUUUUCCCUCCAACCCCUUUUUCUCUCCCCUUUCAGUUCAUACAAUACUAAUUUUCAUUCAAACGCCUCGCUCUACGUCGCUUUGCGCCCUCAUUGUGCGUAAAUUCAAUAUUUGAAAACCUCGGGGCGAGAAAGUAACAAUGAACGAGGGAGUGGGGAGAGGAAAAAACUUUUGGGAAAAGGUUCCGGACGGGGCCGCUCAAAACCCUCAUGCAGAAAAAUCGACGUCAACGACCUUUUGUGGCCGGCGUGUGUCCCUCGCAGCCUGCCCCGCAGCCUGCCCCGAUGUCUGUGCCCCCCCUUCUUCUUUUAUUUGGCCAACUAUGCGAAUUUUCGUGCGAAACGUCCCAACAUUUCACAUCGUUCCGAUUUCAGCGUUCGGGAAUGCCCCCCGCCGGGGGUUUGGAGCCGGCUUCUGGGACUUGGGAUUUGGGGAUUUUUCGAAUUUAAAAGGGAAAUUUCUUGGGAUAAAAGUGUGAUUACAGAAAAAAUACAUUAAUGACAUGGUGAAAAAAUAUUUUUUGAUUUAUUUUUUUUUGGGUUUUUAAACUAAUUUUUUCAAAAUUCCCUGGAUGAUGAAAGACUUUAUGAUGGGUUCCAAAAGGUCGCAAUUUUUUUGGCAAAAGUUCACGAUUUUAAAAUGAAAUUUCUUGAGGAAAAAAUAGAACUAAUAAAAAAAUAUUGCCUUUGUUAAGCAGCCACCAGGCCGACCUGAAUUUCGAGAUUUUUUUUAAGUUUGAAUUUUGGGAUUUUUUAAUUUUAAAUAGAAAUUUCUUUGGUUAAAAGGCAAAAAUGUGAUAUAAAAAUCUUCUCUCUGUAACAGUACCUUUAUAUUUGCUGGAUUUUAGCCUUAAAAGUCGAUUUUUUGAAGGUUCCCUGAUCCUCAGGGUUUUCGUGGUGGGACUCAAAAUUUUCAUUUUUUAUGCAAAUUUACGCCUUGAUUUUUUCUCACAGCGUUUUUUCACGGUUAAAACAUCAAAACAAUGCUUUUUAUCGAUGAUUUACAUGAUCUCAAGUUUUCGUGCCGAGACCCAAAUUUUUUUCUAAAAAUUUUUUUAUUUUCAAAUCAUAAAAAAAUCUUGUUUUUCAUCAAGAAACCCAUUUUUUGUUCUUCCAAGGCCUUCUUGGCCUCAAAAAUUCUCCAAUUUCCCCCCUUCACAUCAUCUUCAUUAGGUCCCGGCACGAAAACAAUACUUCUCCCGUUCCCAUUUUCGCAUCGGUUUGGGGCCGCGUAAUUAGAAUUAUUCAUCCGAGAGAUUAGUCAAUUUCAACGGGAUUAUUCGCUUCCGGACGCUUUCUUUUUUUUUUGUUUGUUACUACCGCGUUCGGCGUGGGAAAACCGUAAAAUUAUUCGAAAAUGGGAUUAAAUUUCGCGGGAGAUAAGAUCGAAUUUCGCGACAACAACAAUAUUUUCGUACCAAAUAUUUGAUUUGCAGCGGUUUCUGGAAGAGAAUUUUUGAUUAUUGGGGGAAUUUGGAAAAAUUUUGGGUCUCGCCACGAAAACUGUAAAAAUUGAAAAAAAUGGAUUUGAAGGUUUUAAGAAUAUAUUUUAAGUGCUUAUAAGUACGAAUUGACAGAAAUUAAUUUUAUUUUUGAAGUGAAUCUCAAAUCGAAAAUUUUGUUUUGGUCUCGCCACGAAAAUUUUUAAAAUUUAUUAUGCUUUAUUUUUACGCGAGAGAGCGAUUCCCGCCGUAUUUUACACUUUUUUUGACUUUCACAGUCCAAAAGUUUUAUAGACUGCCAAUUUUUGGGUCCCACCACGAAAACAACUGAUUUAGAUAAAUCGAAAAAUCCCGACUUUAAGUUUUUAGUAUGUGUAGAUUCUUCGUAUUUUACCUCUAAAAUUUCAAUUUUAUGCAAAGUUUUAUCUAAAGGCCUUUUUUAUCAUCUUUUUAUCUUCAACUACAUUUCUAAGCCGUAUGACGCUCAAAAAUUGGAUGAUUAAAAUACAACUAAUGCUUUUUUGGACCGGAAUUUGCAGUUUAGUAAUUGCAAUCUUCUUUGUCUUUAGGUUGGAGCUAAUUUUUGGAUUAAUCUUUCAUUUUUUGCUUAACUUUUUAGGAUAAAAUUGCAAUAAUUACGGGAAAAUUUAGUCAAAAUUUUGCUUUUGCAUUUGAAAAGGUUGUAAAAUACGCCGUGAUGCCCUUCCACGUUGUGUAAAGUUUCAUCAAAAUUUGGGCUUCAAACUCUUAGAGAUUUCCUCUGUAAAAAAACUAUAUAUUACAUAUAACUCUCUGUAAAGAAACUAUAUAUAUAUAUAUAUUGCAUAUAAAUCAAUUUUACAUUGCAUAUAUAUUGCCUAUUAUUCGCGCGUCUUUCUCCCUCCCUUCAUUGACCACACUCCACAACUUUACAGUCCUCUCUAACCGGUUAACCUUCCCUCUUCCCUUCCACAUGUAGUAGGCCAACUCUUCCCCGACUCCCUCGCAACGCCCACUAAAGAGUUGUUGGAUUUGUGGACUCUCCGCCACGCUGGAGCAAAGUCAGACCCUCCUGGAGCACAGGAAGACCUCCUGUGUUCUGCCGCGACCCCCCACCCAACAAACCUUGUUGGGCGGGGUCAAGCGGCGAAAGUCAUCAUGCUUGAAUACAAGCUCGUUUAUGGGUACAAAAAGGUAGAGGAAUGGGAAAAAAUGGUUGGAAAAAUAUGUUGCGGAAAUUUGCAAAAAUAUUAUUUUUCAAUUUUUAUCUAAUUUCACGAAAACAGGAAAUUGAAAAGCUCAAAAAAAUGUGAAGAUCUAAUUUUUGGGAGCCGAUUUUUUUACGGGAUGUAUGAAUAUGAAUUUUGUAGGGCAAAUUGAGAUUUUUAGCUCGCGCUUUGCAGAAAUAAUUGAGAUUUUUAAUUUUAAAAAUUUCAAAAAAAAAAAAAAUUUUUUUAUUUAUUUAUUUUUUUUUUUUUUGAAAAUUGUGGAUCAAUUCUAGGAAGAAAAUUCAUUUUUUGCCAUAAAAAAGAUUUUCCGUGGUACCAGAAAUCAUAGAGAAGACGAAAAAAAUUUGUCUGACCGACUCUCUUCAUUCGAUGUACUCUCUCACAAAAGAAGAAGAUUGUUUAAUAUCUUGGUUGUGGUUGCAAAGCAAGAGCUAAAAUUUUUAGGGGUUGAUUUGUGACUUAUUUACAAUAAUUUUUGCAUAUUUAAGGGAUUUUUUGGAAAAGAAAAAUUUUUAAAAAAGUAUCUUUUUUCACAAAAAAUUCAGAAAAAGUUCUCAAAAAUCUCAAAUCAACUGGUAUUUUUUAAAAGUUCAAUCUAAAUCACCCUUUUUCAGACACGGCGAUGAUCUCAUAGUGACUCCAUUUGCCCAACUCUUGGCCUCUCUGCGCAAUGUUCGGGCCAACUUCAUUGCGAUCACGAACCUGCCCAACGAGGACGACAAGUAUCGGAUGCCUCGGAAACUCCUUCUACACACGCAAGCCCUCUCCGAACCCGCCCAACAAUGCGCGCAGGAGACGCUGGAGGAGCUGGAUUGGUGUCUGGACCAGCUGGAGGCAAUCCAACUGCAUCGGUCCGUGUCGGAGAUGGCCUCCAGCAAGGUGAGGAUUGGAGGUUUUGGAUUUUUUUUUUUUUUUUUUUUUAGGGUUUUAAAAUAUUGAUUUUGAGUCAAAAAUUGGAUAAAAAUGAGAUUUUUGAAAUUUUAAUUUUGCUUUUUAUACUAAAAAAAGAAAAAAAGAAGUUUUUUUUGUUUUUUUAGAAAUUGAAAAUUUUUCAAAAAAUUCAAAAAAUCAAAAAAAAAAAAGAUUUUUUUUUUAUUUUUCUCAUAAAAAAGUUAAAUUUUUUAAUUUUCAAAUUUGCUUUCCAAAAAAAUCAAAAAGAUUUUUUUUCAAAUUGAAAAAAUCAAAAAAAAAUUUUUUUUCCCCAAAUUACUUUUUUUAUAUGUAUUUUCAACAUGAUCUUUACCUCUUUUCAGUUCCGAAAACUCUUGAACAAAGAGUUGAGUCAGUUCGCGGAAAGCUCCAAAUCGGGUACUCAGGUGACAAAGUUCCUCAUCAACACGUACAUGGACCGGGGUGAAGAUGAGAGCAAUGAAGCCGGAGAUGUAAGUUUUUUGAAUUUUUUUGUCUCAUUUUGAUUUUUUUUUUUUUUUUUUUUUUUUUUGAAAAUUUUAAUUUUUUCCCCGAAUUUUCCGUCUUUUCCAACCAAAAAAUAUUAAUUUCACCAUCCAGCCCACGCAAAAUUGGAUCUCAAUUUUCUCAGAAAUUGAUAUUAUGUAUAAGAUAUCUUGAAUAUCUUGAACACGCAUUAAAAAUUUUGAGAUCGUAUAUAAGCACGCUUUGUUUUCCGAACGGCAAAGUGCGAUAAGUUUUUCACUUCGAGAAGGAGUUACUUUGCUACAUUUUUAAUACUUCCCGGAUGCAAAAUGAUACGUUUCUUGCCACUGGAUCAGGUCGUCAUUGUAAACAAAGUUUCAUCAUAAUCCGAAGUCAAUUCUCAGUUAGGGAGACACUUGACCCAUUUGAGAGGAGAAGCCCCCAAGUGCGACGCUCAGAUUUUGAUCAAAACUUGGCACAAAUUUUGAAUAAUUUUUUCUAAAUUAUAUGCGAUAAUCCUAGUAGCGCUUUGCAGAAACAACCAAGAUUUUUAGAUCAAAAGUCGGCCAAAAUUUGACACUUUUUGCCGAAUUUCGGCACGAAAAGUUUCAUGCCUAUUUCUACUUUGGAGUGUAAUUUUUCCACAAAAAAUAAACUUUUUCCGCACGAAACUAGCAAAAUUAUGGCCAAAAAGUGUGUUUCUCUUUGACCGCUCUCCGCAUUUAGCGUACUCUCUCGGCGGCAGAGAUUUUUGAAUAUCUCGGCGGCGCUUACGAAGCACGAGCUGAAACUUUUUGGAAUUGAUACUUACAGGGGAAGUACUCCAAGUGCGAUGCUCAGAUUUUCCUUAAAUUUUGCACACACAUCGGGUAUGGACUAAAUAUCAAUUCCUGAAAGUUUUAGCUCGCGCUUUGCGGGCGCCGCCGAGAUAUCGAACGAUUUUUGCCGCCGAGAGAGCACGCUAAACGUGGAGAGCGGUCAGAAAGAAAAACGCUUUUUGGCCAUAACUUUGGCAGUUUCGUGCGGAAAAAAUUGAUUUUUUGCAGAAACAUUAUCCUUUACAGUUGAAAUGGGCAUGAAAGUUUCGUGCCGAAAUUCGGCAAAAAGUGACAAAUUUUCGCCGACUUUCGAUCUAAAAAUCUCGGUUGUUUCUGCAAAGCGCGAUCUAGGAUUCUCACAUGUUUUUCAGUAAAAAUUAUUCUAAUUUUGUGCCAAGUUUCAUCAAAAUCUGAGCGUCGCACUUGAGGUACUUCCCUUGUUAGUUUUGUCGUCUUUGAAAGAAAUUUUUUGAAGAUUGACCGCGUAUUCUUGCAGCAUUUUUUUCUUUUCCCUUCACGUCUUCUUACACUUUGAAUUCCUAAAUCCUUUGACCUUUCCGACUGUUAUAAACAGUUUCACAUGUAAAAGUUCAUUCUUAUAAAGCCUUUAUCUUUGCAGGGAAGCACUGCCAUUGCGUCCACAUCAAACUGCGCCAGCCCGCAGCUGUCGCUGUUCAACAAGGCCAAGACGGCGGCCAUGUCCAAGAUUUCGGGGGUGCGGCGGUUGCGUGCCCCCACCCAUGCCGGCGCCCCGCCCGAAUACGGGGUGGAGUGUCAGAAGGAGAUUGUCGUCUACAUGGACCGGGUGAGUCGGAAAUUUCUGUUCGAAAAAAUUUGUUUUCUACGACUGAAACAUUAUCCCCAAACAUUAGACGGCGCAUUACAGCGGAUGUGAGGCCGGAAUCGUUGAAGUGAGAGGAAAUGCGCGUGGAACUGGGCAAAUAUUAAGAGGGAAAAAAGGAAUUUUUAACAAAUUUGGAGGCUAAAGAAAAAAAACGAAAAAAUUUCAAGAAAAAUUAGAGCUAAAAUACGAUUACAAUUUCCAAAUUCAGGAAAGCAAAGGUGUUUGCCAUCAUUAUUUUUUAAAAUCUUGUGGUAAAAAAUCAUAAAUUGGCCAAAAAAAUGAUUUUUUGGGAAAGUUCGGAUUUUUUUAAUUUUUAGAAAAGCCAUUAAUUUUAUAUUUGAAUCCCAGCUUCUAUUUCCGUAUUUUACCAGUUAUGUCUUCAAAAGUUCAUUUUGAAUAAUUUUACGACAACAAUCUAGUUUUUGAAACCGAUUCCCAUCAAAAAGCACUUUUAAAAAACCGAAAUUUUCAGAAUGCCCUGAGGCAAAUUAAACCUAGCAUCAUUUUAAACAAAAUUUCAAGUCGUUUUCAAGGCGUUUCUAUCAAUAAUAUGCCAAAAAACAUUCAAAACAAAAGGCUAUCAACGAAAUAAAACCCCUGAGUAUGUCCAUUUUUAUGCAAAUUUGCGAAAUUUUCUGAAAAUGAAAUUCCUUCUAGACGCAAGAAAAACCUUCAGGAACUCUCCUGGGAGGCUUAGUUUUUCUGUAUCUGAUCGAUUUUUGACAAAUUGACAAGUUUUUUGUGCCAUUCGUAUAUUGUACUAGGCGCAGGUGUUCAGGCACUAGUUAUUUAGCUCCACAGAACCGCCAAUGGUUUAAAGUUUUAUUCACAAUAAAAAGAGUGCCAUAGUCUAUAAAUAUAGUGUUUUUAAAAUACGCCCCACCUCCUCCUUUUAUCUUAAAAUUGUCUUUUCAGCUCGGCGACUGGGGCAUUAAUGUCUUCAAGAUCAACGAGCUCUCCAAAGGCCACGCACUGACCUCCAUCACCUACACGAUUCUCCGCGAACGCGGCCUCCUCAAACGCUUCGAUAUCCCGGCCACCACGCUGAUCACGUAUUUAUUGCAUCUGGAGCACCACUACAAAGACAACCCGUACCAUAAUCAGAUCCAUGGGGCCGAUGUGACCCAAUCCAUGCACGUUUUACUGUCCUCCACCGCGUUGGAAGGCGUUUUUACGGAUCAAGAGACGUUGGCGGCGAUUUUUGCCGCCGCUAUUCAUGACGUGGAUCAUCCGGGCUACACCAACCAAUACCUCAUCAACACGAAUAACGAGUUGGCCAUCAUGUACAAUGAUGAGAGCGUCCUGGAACAGCAUCAUCUGGCGGUGGCGUUCAAGUUGUUGCAGGAUGUGAGCUGCGAUUUCCUGGUGAAUUGGAGCAAGAAACAGCGGCAGGCAUUCAGGUGAGAAAUAAGCUUGCGGUAUCUUGUUAUUGCAGGUUUAUAGCAGCGAGAGAAACACUUGACUCAAACAAGUCAAGUGUUGCGCUGGCGGUAAAAAAUUUGAAAUUCCGUGAAAACUCCCUUGGUAUAGAAAAAUUUACUGUGUUUUUUAAAACAUCUUUUUUUGGCUUGAAAUGAAGACUUGACUCAAUUGGGUCAAGUGUUUCCCUUGAUGAUAAAAUGGUCAAAUUCUUAAGAAACAUGACGCAAACUUAGUGAAAUUCUAAUUUUCGCUUGCGCUAAAUUUCAAAAAAAUUUUUCGAAUUGCCCUGUGAAGGGAACACUUGACCCAAAUGCGUCAAGUCCUACUCUUUUGCCCAAUCUGUCAAUAAAAACCUGUCGUAUUUUAAAAAAAUCUUUUUCAUAGCAAGGUUUAAAAAGAAAACGAUUUAUUUUUUCAGAAAAACCGUGAUUGGAAUGGUCUUGGCCACGGACAUGUCCAAGCACAUGUCCCUUUUGGCCGACUUGAAGACAAUGGUUGAGUCCAAAAAAGUGGCCGGAAAUUCGGUUCUUCAACUCGACAAGUACAAUGAUCGGAUUCAAGUCCUUCAGAGUAUGAUUCAUUGUGCGGAUUUAUCGAAUCCAACCAAACCAAUCGAAUUGUACCGGAAUUGGAAUCAGCGAAUCCUGGAAGAGUACUGGAAACAGGGAGACAAAGAGAAGGAGUUGGGGUUGGAGGUCAGCCCAAUGUGUGAUCGAUAUAAUGUCACGAUCGAAAAGUCACAGGUGAGUGGAAAAAAUCGAACUGAAUUUUUUAAACGGGGAUUUUUUAAUUUUGAAAGGGAUUUUGUAAGGUUUUAAUUGAAAUUAUAUUUUGUCCAAGCUACUGUAAUAUCAAUAAUAAGGCUUUACGAGUAAUAAAAAACGACAUUACGGUGAAAAUAUCCGAUCAUAAGGACUGAGGGGAAGACUUGACUCAAUUGGGUCAAGUGUUGCACUCAAGGCGAAAAGGCUUCGGAUUUUGAUAAAACUUGACCUAUAUUAAAAUUAGGCUUUUCCGAUGUACAUACGACUUUUUUCUACUUACUCUUUGCAGAAUUCAACAAGAUUUUUAGGAAAAAAUUUGAUAAAAAAGUCGAACCCCUUUGACUGCAAAGAUCGUUGAAUAUCUCAGUUGCUUUGGCCAAAAAAAAUCUAAAAUUUUUAGGUAGUAAUUUCUAGGCCAUAUAAACUAUGCUCGCAAAAUUUUAGGGGUUUCUGGUGUUUUCCUCUCGAGAUCUAUCACUUUUUUGAUGAAUGACACCAAUAUUUCAUCUUUUCAAAUUUUCUCAUUUUCAGGUCGGUUUCAUCGACUACAUCGUACAUCCCCUCUUCGAAACGUGGGCCGAACUCGUCCAUCCGCACGCUCAAUACAUUCUGGAUCAGCUGGAAGACAAUCGGCAAUGGUAUUUGUCGCGGAUACCCGAUGAACCGGCGACCGCUCGCGAAGGCGACGAUGAAGACCAAGAGGAGGACGAGGACCGCAUGACUCAGCCACUCAGCGGUCAGUUGGAGCCGAUCCCAUCGCCCGACGAGUCGAUUGGCGACUCCGUGGAGCUGAACAACUAG